AUGUUUACCCCUGCAGAGACCCGGAUUCGAGAUGACGACUGGACUGGGACCACUGAUCCAGCCGAGCGACGCAGGCGGCAGAAUCGCUUACAUCAGAGAGCUUGGCGACGACGUCAGAAACUGCAAGUGAAGUCCGAAAAUAUAGAAGACACUAAAAUCACCGCGCCUGUCCCAUCGCUUGUAAAUAAAGACUUGCUCCAGAAGGUGGCCCUGGAUCAUAUCAGUGGACGUCAACGCAUACCGGUCACAUUAAAACAGAUCUACAACUGGCAGGCCUUCGGAGCGAUCAUGGAGAAGACCCUGGGCGAAUCGGCCGCUACUUUUGCCGUUUGGGCCGAACUAAAAGCAUGGCGGCGGUGGGAGCUAAUAACCGAUUUGUCUCCUUCUGAUCUGUCGCGUACUUUGACACUAUACCCCUCCCCUUCUCGUGAAGGUACCCCCAACGAGCUGGAAAGCCCCCCGUCUCCUGAAAGUGUCGACUCCCUUUGGUUUCUGAACGAUAAGUACUCGCUCCACGGCUCGGAAUUCGAAGUCGAGUUUCCCAUCUCCCUCGAUAACAAACUAUUUGUUCUCAUCCAGCACAAUAGUCUCCGAGGCAUGUUGGCCAACAUGGCGAUUCUGAUCCGGCUAAGUGGCCGGGACUUUCAAGGAUGGGAUGAAUUUUACACAGAAGACUUACCCACCCCGUCUGAGGACUCACCUCCUUCUUUACAAUUUACAGACCUUCAAAAGGCCACUUCUCAUGAAGCCUGGAUAGACAUAAUUCCUUCUGCUACCAUGCGAGAUAAUGUUAUCAGAUACCAGGAUAACAUCGACAUCGAUGAUCUUUGCUCGGACUUCCUUGGUGGCGCUUUUGAAGGAGCGAACGAUAUGCACAAACGGGGCAUGAUACUAUGGGGUGAGCCAUGGUCUUCAGAUGGGUGGGAAUUGAGUGAAAACUUCAUGAGAAAGUGGUGGUUUCUGUUACAAGGCUGUGCUGACAUGCUUACUUCCACAAACAUAUGGCGAGAGGCCAGAGGAGAAAAGAAGCUUGCUUUCAAGCUGUGA